CUUAAUCUCUCAAGGUCUUUGGUUCCAGAGAAAGUAAAGUGCAACUUUUAUGUGCCUAUUUGGCGAGCGGAAUACCUGAGAGACGAUAUAUACAAACAUCUUGUUGCUCUGGUCACUGCCGAUUUAAUAACGGCCCUGCCUACGAUUCUUCUAAAUGCGCUGGUAAUUUUUGCUGUGGUAACAAGGCGCCCACUACGAAACAACUCCACCAUACUUCUUGCUUGUUUAGCUGGGGUGGAUUUGUUAACAGGGCUUGUUGCUCUGCCGUUUGCCUUCUUGGUAGACCUGAAGCGACUCCUGGGUGCUGGGCCAUUCUGUUCGUUAGAAAAGGCAUUUGUUGUGACAUUAACCAUGGUAGGCUAUGCUUCUAUCAGUCACCUAGUCGUGAUCAGCAUAGACCGCUAUACAGCUAUCAAAUAUCCCUUGAGGUACCAGGAUAUUGUCACAGAAACGCGGAUAAUAAUCAGCAUUAUUCUAAGCUGGGGUUUCACCUUGUUCAUGACAAUCCAUGCAUUUGUUCUUGUUGUACUACACAGUGGAAGAACAUACUCUAUUUAUUCGCAAAUGAACGUAAUAUUACAAAUUGUUACUGGUGCUUCUUUCAUUGUGGUUAUUUCAUGGUGUUACGGUUACAUUUACACAGAAACACGACGACAAAUUAAACGCCUCAAAGCCGAACAACUGCCUCAAGAAGAAAUCCAACGAAUCAAGAAAGACAAAAAGGCAGCCAUUACUCUGGCAAUCAUUCUAAUUGCUUUGGUAAUCACUUAUUUACCAGCAAUAGUAUUUGGUUUGCUAACUACUCUUCCAGGUAGUAUUACGUCACCGCCACGUUUCAUAUGCGUCAUUUGGAAGUGGGUAGCAGUUGCUAUGAUGUCAGGCUCCCUUUUUAAUCCGAUCAUUUACUGUUGGCGAAUGAAAAAUCUACGGCGCGCAUUUCUCGAGAUACUACAUUUAAGAAAACCAGAAAACACUUGGCCGGAAAUAGAAAUGAGAGAAAUUGAAGGCCCUCAAACUGGACCCAGAACAAACCAGGCUUUCUCGUUGCCCACAAACGGGCAACCCGUUUUGCUAUCAUUCCGUCAUCUGCAAGCCGGCUGA